CGUAGUUCCACCUCAGCUCCAUCACGGUGUGGGUCGUAAAUCGUAGACCCUGUUCAAGGGCAGAGUGAGUCGUGGCCGCAGAGUGGUCAGUCCGCUGUUUCAACCUUGUCCAGCGCAUGGCCUGCAGAUCAUCACCCAAUAAUAAUCCUUCUCAACCUGCUUGUCUCGCCUCACACUAAAGUCAGGAGCAUAUACAGGGGUGAAGCGAGAAAAAAGCCCGUCGCGAGUUGCCCCAAUUUUUUCCCCAAUCCGAUCCGUCCUAGACCCGAAAUAGCGCUCGCUCUUGGAAAUAGCGCUCGCUCUUGACGGACCGCUUCUUUACUUCCUUGUGAAGGCGGAGGCGGAGGCUUGGGGUUGAGUGAAUUUUUCAACAAUAACCCCCACAAGCAAGCUGGGGUGAGGAAUGAGACAGUCCAAAAGUCAGGCAGGGUUCACGGACAUAGUACCACUUUUUUUUUUUCCCGGGUUACGAAGCAGGUACCAGGCUGCUUUUUGAGUGAGAACUCGUGUUGGGAUUGUUUUCGCCCCCCCCCCCCAAUUCCCUUUCCCUUCCCCCCCUCAGCUUCCAAGGCCCACCCCAGGUCUCUUGCUUCCACGUGAUGGAUCCCUUUACUCCAAAAGGUGCCGUAUAUACCCUGCUUCCAUUUUUCCUCCCCCCCAGCGCGCGCCUAUUUUGUUUCGUUAGGCCUGUGAGAGCUAAUCUCUAGGUCUGAUAUCCCUUAUUAGCCGGCUAUGGUCAUUAUCUCGCGCAUUCGUUCGUCGGUGUACCGCAAGUCACUCGUCUGGACGAGCACCGGGUACUGAAAGAGAGCCGCCAUGACCGCCGCGAAAUCGACACCAUGCAAUUUAUUGCAGCAAACACAACCAUCCCCGUGCCGAAAAUCUACAACACAAAGUUCGACAAGGAGAAACAUAUCUCCUACAUCGUGAUGGAAUACAUAGACGGCGAACCCCUGAACAAAGCCUGGAUAAACCUAACCCAGGACCAGAAAGUCUCCACCUGCAACCAGCUAGUCGAUUACCUCACCCAGCUCCAAAUGUUGACAGGUGAGCGCAUUGAAGCUGUGAACAGCUCUACUGUGCGCGUUGGCCUAUACGAAUCCCGCUGGGGCGGGCCCUUCGACAGCGAAAAGGAAUUCAACGACUUCCUCGCCCAGGGCCUGCAGCAGCACAACCUAACGGACAACCACGCCAUCCAUUUCGCACACGGCAAUCUCAGCCCCCGGAAUAUCAUGGUCAACAAGUGCGGCCGCAUCACUGCCAUUCUGGACUGGGAGUGGGCCGGCUGGUUCCCGCAGUACUGGGAUGUUGUCCGCAUGCUCGUGGAUAUCCCGGGCAAGAGGCAGAUGCCAGAUUAUGCGGAGCAUCUUCGGGCCACGUUACCGUACUUGUAUAAGGAGGAGUACUCGGCAAUGCUGGAUGUGUUUCGGGGGAGAUCUUCGGGCCCUCAUGGGGGAAUGCCUGCUCAUGCCACGUCUCGUUCCAGGUGAUAUCGGCCCCACCCCCCUUCUCCUGGUUUUCAUUCUUUAAUGUGAUCAUGAUGUGCGCACCUGAGCUGUGGGAAGGCUAGGCCUUGUAGGUUAUUUAUUAAUUAAAACCCCUUUUUGUGCAUGAAGAUGGCUUCUGGUUUUUUUUUUGUGUGGGUGGUUGAUCUGUUGCAUCACUGCGUUGACUUAUCGAGGAAACUGCAUGUUCUCCUCUCUUACGAUCUCUGCUGUUCGCACUGCGAUUUUGAUGCUGUGAGGAUUGAGUGGCGUUAGGAUAUUUUACUCGAUUUCAUGAUUAUAUGAUAGCUAAAAAUAAUUUUGUUCAAGAUA